AUGAAUUAACCCUAAGAAACUAUUCAGGAGUAUAUGAAUAAGUAUGUUAAGCCAAUCUUUGAUAAAUUAAUUUCUUAGAUCCUAAAAAUUAGACCAGAUGACAUUAUAGGUUGGAGUAUUAAUUGGCUUCAGAAAUAAUAAUCACAAAUUAAUAAAUAAUUUUAGUCUUAUCAAAGAGAAGAAGAGGAGGGCAAAAAUAAUAAAUAAACCAUAAAAUCAGAUGUUGCAAUCCAAGGAGAAUUCAACAAAAAUGAACGGUUUAAACCAAAUUUCAUUGAAAAAACUAAAGAUUAAAUUGAGAAAAUUAAAAAAAAAAUUUUGAAUUCAUUUCUAUUUUAAGUCUUAGAUGAAUAAAACUUAGAAACUGUUAUUUGUGCAACGGAAGAGAAGAAGUUUUAAACUGGAGACAUAGUUAUACACCAAGGAGAUGAUGGAAAUGAAUUAUACGUAGUUGAUGAAGGUGAAUUAGAAUGCACAAAGAAAUUCCCUAAUUAACAUUAAGAAACAAAACUGAAAACCUAUUUGCCUGGCGAAUGCUUUGGUGAACUUGCUUUAUUGUAUAAUACUCCUCGUGCUGCUACUAUUAAAGCAAUUAAACCUGUGGUGGCUUUUACUUUAGAUAGAAAAACUUUCGAAUUAUUUGUGAAGGUUAAAGCCAUUAGAAAGAGAGAAGAAAUGGAAUAAAUAUUGAAUACAAUAGAAUUGUUAAAGUCUUUAGAUUCAUACGAGAAAUUACAGUUUUGUGAUAUCUUGGAGGAAAAAAAAUAUAGCAAAGGAGAAAAAGUUAUCAAUCAAGGAGAGUAAGGGGAUACAAUAUACUUAAUUGUUGAAGGAGAACUAGAAGCUUAUAAGGAUGAGUACUAAGACAAGGUUUAUUCAUAUUAAUCAGGUGAUUAUUUUGGGGAAUUAGCCUUAUUAUAGAAUAGUCCACGACAGGCCACUAUUAUAGCUAUAACUGAUUGUACUCUCUACUAUUGUGAUUUUAAAUCAUUUACUAAAUUGAUGGGUCCUUUGGAGUAGAUUCUUAGAAAAAAUGUUGGGAGGUAUGGGCAUUAAGUUUAAUGA